AGAGAGUCCGUCCAUUUUCUUCAUCCGCUUCAGUAGCAGCAGCUCCCCGCACGCUCGCCGCUCGCCGCUCGCUCGCACCAGGGAGCGCGUCUCACGGCAGAGGCGCAGGACGAGUCCAGGUUGCCGCGCCCAACAGAAUACGGGAUGCGACCGACUCCUGCAGCUGGCUGGGAUGCAGAAGCAGAUACGCAAAUGAUGGUGAAAUAAUGUCGUCUGGAGGAAACAUCGUCUUUCUGGCACUUUGCUAAUACGAGGAACGCAAAGAAUAGAGGAGGAGGUUUUUAUUUGCCGCACAACACCGGGGUUGAUGGAACAGGAAAAGUCAUUUGCAUGGAUCUAAUUAACCUUUACUGAUCAUUCGCGUGUGAACUUUUACCUUAAUGUGAAUCUGGGAAAAUAGUGUGUGUUCUUUGCAAUGCACCACAUUAGAGUGUUUUUCUAACAUCUUCAGCACACUGAAGCAGUGAAGAUGCAGAUGCUGCUGCUUUUAAGAACGAUCUUUUUCAUUGCAGGAUGUCCACAUGUUUUGUUGCACGGAGAAAACCGUAAUGCACACACCAAAGAACCAGUUACUCUUAGGAGCCUUCGUGAUGCCAAACCCAGUGCCACACACCAUGAGAGGCAUCGAGCCGCAGGUACACCUGCCUUUAACAUCAAACAGACUUCAGAAGACAACAGCAACUUGUCUUCACAUCUCUGGCUGCUUUUGGAGAGCGGAGGUAAGCGGUGUGGAUACAGACAUCUCUUGUUGAACAGAACACACACAGUCACGGAGAGUGGCAGAAACCUGCAUAAGCGCUUGCGGCGACAUAAAAAGAAAAAGUUGAAUGCUGAGAUGCCUGCUACCAUGGGAACAGUAAGUGGACACAAUAACUCUAAGCCGUAUUCAACAAGCAAGCGAGGAAGAAACCACAGACGCAAAAGAGGCACAAAGGAACACCACAAGAAAGUGUUUAAGAGCUUGAAAAGGGGCCAGAAUAAAAGCGCUGUCCCAUUGACACCAGUCGAAACUUAUUAUAACGCCCUGACAUCCUCUUUAUCGCUGUGGGAACCGAUGCCUAAGCCUCUAGCUCUCACCUCCACAGAUUUCCCAUUCGACCUCACCAGAUAUGCUGAGUUCCACACCAAACAGAUAGACGACCCAUGGGACGCCACGCCAAUGACACCUCCAUACGCCGAGGAUGAGGAGAGCGAAUUCUUCCCCAAUCCUUUCUACCCUGUCACUAGCGAGACGUAUGGGGCAUAUGCAAUCACCAUUUUUGCCGUCCUCAUUUUUGCUGUUGGAAUAACUGGGAACAUAGCAAUAAUGUGUGUGGUGUGUCAUAACUACUACAUGAGGAGCAUCUCAAAUGCUCUUCUGGCCAACCUGGCAAUUUGGGACUUUGCACUGCUCUUGUUUUGCCUGCCACUCGUGGUGUUUCACGAACUCACUAAGACCUGGCUGUUGGGCCAGUUCACCUGUAAAGUCAUACCCUAUAUUGAGGUAAUGGAUUCCAUGUUCAUUCAUAACAGGUUUUAAAUGUUUGUUUACAUAUGAUUAUGUGGGAUAGGUGCAAAUCAUUGCUUUUAAUAAUGGCAUUUAAGCUUAAUU